AUGGCUGCGCUAGAGAGCAACGCUGCUGCGCCGCUGGUGGUCGUCCCCGUGGCUGCGCUGCUGCCGCAGACAGAAGCUCUGAAGGCUCUGCUGCAGCGCAAGAGAGAACUGGAGCUGCGUCAGCAGCAGGAGGAAGGUGAGCGUCUGCAGGACCUGCGGCUGCAGUCGCUGGCGCUGCAGCAGCACGACGAGCUGCUGCGGCGCAGCCAGCUGCAGCGGCGGCGGCUGCAGCAGCAGCAGCAGCAGUGA